AUGUCGGGUUUCGGUGGGCGUCGCGCCCCCAGUUUCGCCCAGUAUCUGGACGACUUGAAUACCAUUCCAUCGCCCUACGAUCAGUCGCUGCAACAACAACAAAAUGAAUCGUUCAACAUCGAUGCCGAGCUCGAGUUGUUCACGAACACAGAGUUCCUGGACUUUGGCCACUUUGGCGACAUGUCCCUGCCCCUCGCGUACAACCCCGCCGAGGAUGAGAAGCCGCAGGAGAAGAAGCCUAAUACCUCGGGGAAGCAUGGCGAUAUGAACUACAUGGAUAUGUUGAAUGAUUUCAACGGUAUGCCUGAAUACUCCAAUGAGUUCAACUCUGCAUCGCACACUAUGCCAAUGAACACAGCCUUCCCGUCGCUUUCUGCCGCCGAUGAAUCCACAUUCACCAGUGACUCUCUGGAGAAGGCCGCCUCGAUCACAACACAGACACCCAAGUCUAGCUCAUCCCCUGCUGCUGGCUCUGUGGGAACUGUUUCCACCCCCAUCCAGGUUACUGGAGGCAAACGCAAGCAAUCUCAAGAUUCGAAGAACCUGGACGAAUCCGCUCGCCAGGCAGCUGAAGAAGACAAGCGUCGAAGAAACACUGCCGCAAGUGCCCGCUUCCGUGUCAAGAAGAAGCAACGCGAGCAAGCCCUGGAGCGCUCCGUCAAGGAAGCAAACGAGAAGAACUCGGCAUUGGAGGCCCGAUUAUCACAACUAGAACUUGAAAACAAGUGGCUGAAGAACCUGAUCACCGAAAAGAACGGCGAAGACUCAACAGACAUUACCCAGAAGAGCGAGACUGACAUCGCUCAGAUGUUCAAGAAGUUUCUAGCCAGCCAGAAGUCUACUGGCGAGCGUCAAACUUCCAGCUCCAAAAUCGGCGUGGGCACUGCCUGA